AUGGGACGGUUAAUGGGAUUCCUUGACGGCCAGUGGUGGCGCCUUCUAUUAGUGUGUCUGCUGAUUCUCGCCUCCGUAUCGCCGUACACUAUACCCAGUCUCGAGAUGCUCAGCGCCGAGGGCACAGGGGGCGGCAAGGCUCCCGGGCAGCUGGGCGAGAUAAACCGCGAGUGCUGGGACGCUUCGUCACUGGCAGUAAUACAAGCGCGUAAACUGCGCGUCGCAGAAACAGUGGCCGGACUCUGGGAUUUCAUGACGUACUUGAGCGGGUCUAAUCAACCCAAACAUCAAGACAUGUUUAUGGAGUUGGCGCAGGUCUUUUGGGAGAAGUACGUGGACUGUGUUCUGGCACGCGCGCACGGACUGGGUAGAAGGGCCAGUGCGUCCAGGCAAGAAAUCAUCAAAGUGUUAACUUAUCAUUCAGAAGGGAUGAAGAUCUAG